AUGAGCGCCAUCGAAGAUAUCGAGGACGACAGGGGGGAGCUGAGGAAGCCGUUCCUCCACACGGGGAGCUGGUACAAGAUGCAGGGGAUGGGGUCGCGGCAGUCCAGCAUCACCGGAUCGGCGCAGGUCCUCCGCGACGGCUCCGUCUCCGUCCUCCUCUGCGUCCUGAUCGUCGCCCUCGGCCCCAUCCAGUUCGGAUUCAGCUGCGGAUACUCGUCUCCUACGGAGGAGGACAUAAUGAGCGACCUGGGCCUCUCGCUCUCGCAGUUUUCGCUGUUUGGCUCGUUGGUGAAUGUGGGAGCUAUGAUCGGGGCGAUCACGAGCGGCCAAAUUGCGGAGUACAUCGGUCGGAAAGGGUCUCUGAUGAUCGCUGCAGUCCCUAAUGUUAUAGGGUGGCUGGCUAUAUCAUUUGCCAAGGAUUCCUCAUUCUUAUACAUGGGGAGGUUGUUGGAGGGAUUUGGUGUGGGUAUAAUUUCUUAUACGGUGCCGAUAUAUAUAGCUGAGAUAGCACCCCAGAACAAGGGAACCCUGGGUUCUGUGAAUCAGCUCUCAGUUACAGCAGGCCUUUUGUUAGCUUACUUUUUCGGACUAUUUCUCAGCUGGAGGAUCCUUGCUGUCUUUGGGUCUCUUCCGUGUUUAAUAUUGAUUCCUGGCUUAUUUUUCAUCCCAGAGUCUCCUCGAUGGUUGGCCAAAAUGGGUUUGAUGGAGGACUUUGAAGCCUCUUUGCAGGUCCUCCGGGGAUAUGAUACUGAUAUUUCCCUUGAAGUUAAUGAAAUCAAGAGAUCUGUUGCAUCAACAAGCAAAAGAACAACGAUUAGUUUUGCAGAGCUCAAGCGGAAAAGAUAUUGGUUUCCUUUAAUGGUAGGUAUUGGACUUCUUGGGCUCCAGCAACUCAGUGGCAUCAAUGGUGUUUUAUUCUAUUCCGCCACAAUAUUUGAAAAUGCAGGAAUUUCUUCAAGUAAUCUCGCAAGUGUUGGAGUUGGUGUUAUCCAGGUUCUUGCCACUGGGGUUACCACUUGGCUCCUGGAUAAAGCAGGCCGAAGGCUGCUUCUAAUAAUAUCCUCAUCUGCAAUGACUUUGAGCCUUCUUUUUGUGGCUGUAGCGUUCUAUAUAGAGAGUUCUGCUUCAGAAGACUCUAAAUUAUACAGCAUAAUGGGAAUAUUGGCCCUGGUUGGGGUUGUGGCUUUUGUUAUUGCCUUCUCUCUGGGAUUGGGAGCUAUCCCAUGGCUUAUCAUGUCUGAGAUUCUUCCAGUAAAUAUUAAGGGCCUCGGCGGCAGUGUAGCAGUGUUGGCAAACUGGACAUCGUCAUGGGUAGUCACGAUGACCGCAAACUUACUGUUGGAUUGGAGCACUGGAGGUACCUUCACAAUCUACGCAGUUGUGUCUGCUUCUAUCCUUCUCUUUGUGAUACUCUUUGUUCCAGAAACUAAGGGAAGAACUCUGGAAGAGAUUCAGUCGUCGUUCAGAUGAUUCUUGCCUCCUCUUGUGACAUUGAUUUUUGCUGUUCAAUAAUACAAAUAAUUGUCCUCCAUGGCAUACACAAAGCUCACAUGGCAAGCAUCAAGCAUUGGCAGGGACAUGAGAGUCAAAGGGAUUGCAGUCUCUUCUAAAUUUCACUUUGUAUGACGACAAUUCGAACCCUAGAUAAGCAAAUGUCUAUUCUAGGUACUGGCCUUGCUAAUCUAAUGAAUGAGGCAAGACACGAGCAAAAAAAAUCAAGUGGUAUGAUUUAAAUAUAA